AUGGGGGAAAAACAGUGGGCUGACGGCAGCUUUGUCGACAAAGAGGCGUGUCAUGGAUGUGCAGCGGGAUCAAGGUGUGACUGCAGCGGAGUGAAAGGAGUCAAGGGUGAAAGGGGUUUACCAGGACUACAGGGUCAGCUGGGCGUACCGGGGUUCCCCGGACCUGAGGGGCCCAUCGGUGGCAGGGGAGAGAAGGGUAGUGACGGAACUUCAGGGCCUGGAGGUCCAAAAGGGAUACGAGGCCCUCCCGGACUGCCUGGAUUCCCCGGAACACCAGGAAUUCCAGGUCUCCAGGGACAGGAUGGCCCCCCAGGCCCCAAAGGAACUGCAGGCUGCAACGGGACUAAGGGUGAGCGAGGAUUCCCUGGAAGUCCAGGCUUCCCCGGACUGGAGGGUCGAUUGGGUCCACCUGGUUUUCCAGGACAAAAGGGAGACCCAGGUGAUGUUUUCACAAAUGACCGUUUCGGACAGAAAGGAGGUGCAGGUCUGCCUGGCCUGCCCGGAGUUCCUGGUGACCAAGGCCCCUCGGGAUUGUCCGGUCCUACCGGCCCUCCCGGCCCCAGAGGUUAUGCGGGUCCUCCCGGGCCUCCUGGUCUUCCUGGUCCUAAAGGAAACAUGGGGUUGAACUUCCAAGGUCCCAAAGGAGAUAAGGGUAUUUCAGGUCAGCAAGGUCCUCCCGGACCACCAGGACAAGUUGGGGAGCAAACAAGACCCUCAGUGUCAAGUAUUCAGAAAGGAGAAACGGGUGAUCAAGGUUUACCUGGUCCACCUGGUGAUCCUGGUUAUCCUGGACCCCCUGGUUCAUCUGGUGGUUUGAAGGGAGAGAAAGGAGAAAAUGGAGAAGCAGGCAAGCGGGGCAAACCAGGGAAGGAUGGAGACCCAGGUCCUGCUGGAUUCCCUGGUAGUAAGGGAGACCCAGGUGGGCCAGGUCUGCCAGGUCGGGAUGGUGACAGGGGUACCAAAGGUGACCGUGGAUAUCCUGGACGUCCAGGCGUGCUGGUGAGCAAUGGUCCAUCUACAGUUGGGCCUAAAGGAGAACCUGGGCGUCCUGGGGAGACAGGAAGGAAAGGAGACAGAGGACAACCUGGUCUCUCGGGUCCUCCAGGUCAACCAGGAACCACAGGUAUCGGAGGUGGAGGCCAGCCCGGUUUACCAGGCUUCCCAGGAGAGAGGGGCCAGAAGGGAGACGAGGGCCAGCCAGCCAUCUCCAUCCCCGGGAACCCAGGAAGAGGUGGCGCCCCUGGUCUGCAGGGACCUCCAGGACCUCCUGGGCCCCCAGGGGUCUCCAAUGGGGGUAUUAACUGUAUAGGAGGGGCCACCGGGUUACCAGGACAACAGGGGAAUAUAGGAUUCCAAGGAGAGACCGGACAGAAAGGUGAGAAGGGAGACACCUGCAUUAACUGUUUCUCCAGAGGCAACAGUGUCCCUGGAGCACCAGGCCCUCCCGGACCUCCUGGGUUCCCAGGUGGACCAGGAGGCUCAGGGGCUAAAGGUGACAGAGGAUUCCCAGGCGGUCCAGGGCCUUCAGGUUCUUCUGGUUUGCCCGGUCCCCAGGGUGCUCCUGGUUUCCCAGGAGAGAAGGGUGACCCAGGUGAUACCACUGCUGUGAAUGGGGUGGGCGGAGACAAGGGAGACACAGGGUUUCCAGGACCCGCUGGCCUGCCUGGUCUGGACGGAAGACCUGGUCGCGAUGGAGGUCCUGGAGCUCCUGGACCCAAAGGAGCAUCUGGAUCUCUAUUAGUGAAGGGUGAGCGAGGACCUCCAGGUGAGCCCGGUUCGCAGGGUCUCCCAGGUGACAGGGGUGCCAUCGGAUCCCCAGGCUUCGGCCCCCAGGGGCCCCCCGGAGAGAAGGGUGUCCAAGGUGUCUCAGGGAGAACGGGAACACCUGGAGCACCAGGAGGUAAAGGGGAGCCGGGUCAGACGAUAGCAGAGAAGGGCCUCCCAGGACCCCGAGGACAGGAUGGAGACCCCGGUCUACCUGGAAACCCAGGUAACCCCGGCGGGCCAGGACAGUCCGGUUUCCCCGGGUCACCAGGUCCCAAGGGUGAUCCCGGCCUCUCUGGCAUCGGACUGCCAGGACCCACCGGAGCUAAAGGAUUCCCUGGCUCAACUGGUUUGCCAGGUGGUCCCGGAGGUCCAGGUAGACCAGGUGUGGACGGGUUCCCCGGACAGCCAGGUGCACCUGGAGCUAAGGGAGAGCCAGGCUUCGGGCUGCCAGGUCCCCAGGGCUCACCAGGCUUGCCCGGAGAUAAAGGAUUCCCUGGACCCAAAGGAGACUCUGGUUUCCCUGGCAACCCCGGCUUACCAGGACGAGCCGGCUUUGACGGCGGCCCUGGUGCCAAAGGUGACUCUGGUAUCCCUGGUAGACCCGGAGCUCGUGGCCCUCAAGGAUCACCCACCAUCGGCUCUCAGGGUGUCCCCGGCCCUGUCGGACCCCCAGGACCUAUGGGUGCUCCAGGAUACUCAGGCAACAAUGGAGAGAAGGGAGACUCCGGUCUUCCUGGCCCGGGCAUUACAGGGUUGCCAGGAGACAGAGGAAGUCCCGGUUUCCCCGGAAGCCCCGGGGGAGGUGGACCUCAGGGUAACCCCGGUGGUCCUGGUCGCGAUGGAAUACCUGGCCUGCCUGGUGGUAAAGGAGACAUGGGUGUAAUGGGAACUCCUGGAUCUCUGGGAUCACCUGGCAACCCCGGAGGGCCCGGCUUCCCUGGACCUAAAGGUGACGAUGGUUUCCCAGGGCGACCAGGUGGGACCGGCAGUCCAGGUCUGAAGGGAGACAGAGGAGACCCCGGUCUCAUAGGACUCCCCGGUCCCAGCAACACUCCCCCUUCAAUCAAGGGAGCCAAUGGAGAUGUAGGAGAACCAGGUUUGCCAGGUCAGCCGGGUCAGAAGGGUAUUUCCGGUCUCCCUGGAGACGCUGGUGUAUCAGGACAGGAUGGAAGACCUGGGUUACCUGGACCUCAAGGUCCCAAAGGAGACAUGGGUAUCCCUGGAGUAUCCGGCUCACCAGGAAGCCAAGGACUUAAAGGCAACAUGGGAGAGAUGGGCUUCCCAGGACCCACAGGAGCGAAAGGAACUCCAGGUCAGCUAGGUCGGUCGGGCGUACCCGGUAGUUCAGGAGCACCAGGGUUCCCCGGAGCUAAAGGAGACCCAGGUUCCCCCGGAUUUGGUGCCACAGGAGCUACAGGUCCCAAGGGUGAGCCCGGUCGGUCGGGAUUCCCCGGACAAAAUGGAGAGAAAGGAACUCCCGGAACACCAGGUCUUCCAGGGUUUCCCGGCGGCCCCGGAGCCAAAGGCGACCCCGGCCUCCCAGGAUUCCAAGGUUCUCCCGGUAUUCCCGGGCCUAAGGGUCUGGACGGUACCCCUGGUAACCCCGGUCCCGCCGGAGGCCCCGGGCGACCGGGAGAGAAUGGCCGUGCCGGAUCACCUGGGUUCCCAGGCGACAAGGGUCAGGCAGGCCGCGACGGAAUCCCUGGACCAGCGGGAGUCAAAGGAGACCAAGGUCUUUCUGGUUUCGGCGGCCCCGGUUCUCCUGGUCUCCCAGGGUCACCAGGUGCUAAGGGAGAUUUUGGCGCCCCUGGUCUUCCGGGUAACCCUGGGUUCCCUGGUCAGAAGGGAGAGAUGGGCUUUCCCGGCCAACCUGGGUCCCCCGGGAGCAUCGGGGCCCCUGGUGCCCCAGGUGUGGCCCUCCAGGGGCCCAAGGGUAACAGUGGAUCCCCCGGCCCCCCUGGAAGAGGAGGUCCUCCUGGCCCCGAGGGUCCCCGUGGCCCUGGGGGUAGCGGAGGGACCAAAGGUGAGAAGGGAAUCCCUGGAUCUUCCGGAUCCCCUGGUUUCCCCGGAGCGAAGGGAGAAUUGGGAUCGCCCGGAUUCCCAGGUAUUCCUGGCCCUUCUGGUGGCAGCGGGCUGAAGGGAGACAUCGGACUUCCCGGCGUACCCGGAUUCCCAGGACUAAAGGGAGAAUCUGGAAGGCCUGGAUCAUCCGGUCUCCCUGGAGAUCCUGGAGAUCCUGGUCCUGCUGGAAUCCAAGGUGACCCAGGUGUCGCUGCGACCCCCAUCCCACUGAAGGGAGAACGUGGCCCCCCUGGCCCUUCAGGUCUGCCAGGCAACCGUGGCUCCCAAGGACCUCCCGGACAGGAGGGACGCUCAGGUCAGCCCGGUCAACCAGGGGACCCCGGUCCUGAAGGACCGCCAGGAUUCAGUGGAGCCUUCGGCCGCAAGGGAGACUCUGGACCUGCUGGACAGCCAGGUCAGCGUGGGUACCCAGGUCCCACUGGUUCAGAUGGUCAGCAGGGCCCCCCAGGUAACCCCGGCUCAGCCUCUGUGACCCAUGGCUUCCUGAUCUCGAGACACAGCCAAGCUGAAUAUGUCCCUACCUGCCCCGACGGUACCAGCCUCAUCUACGACGGAUUCUCUCUGCUCUACGUACAGGGCAACGAGAGGGCACACGGACAGGACCUAGGUACUGCUGGUAGUUGCCUGCGUAGGUUCAGCACCAUGCCAUUCAUGUUCUGUAACAUCAACAACGUGUGUAACUUCGCCUCCCGUAACGACUACUCCUAUUGGCUGUCUACACCCAUGCCCAUGCCCAUGAGUAUGGCCCCCAUCACAGGAGAAGGCAUCAAACCUUACAUCAGCAGGUGUGCAGUGUGUGAGGCCCCUGCCAUGGUGAUCGCUGUACACAGUCAAACCAUUCAGAUCCCCACCUGCCCCAGCUACUGGGAAACACUGUGGAUCGGAUACUCCUUCAUGAUGCACACCAGUGCAGGUGCUGAGGGCUCUGGUCAGGCUCUGGCCUCUCCUGGCUCCUGUCUAGAGGAGUUCCGGAGCUCUCCCUUCAUCGAGUGUCACGGCCGAGGGACCUGCAACUACUAUGGAAACACAUACAGCUUCUGGCUGGCCACUGUCGACCAAUCAGAAAUGUUCAGGAAGCCGCAGUCAGAGACGCUGAAGGCAGGUAACCUAGCGACGCGCAUUAGCCGCUGUGUGGUCUGUAUGAAGAGGACGUAACAGCGCGGUGGCAACCGUUGCCGGGGACGACCGACUACGACGACAAUGGUGGCAGGCGGGCGGAGUGGGGGUGAUGUUGACGUCUCCGUGAGAACAAGGUGGAAUUCCAACGGUGCAUUGUUUUCCGGAAACAGCAAAUUAAAUGGUGCUACUGUGCAACACAGCAAGAAAAUAUUUUUUUUUGAUAAAAUGAAUUUAUUUAAUCUUUUAUUAUUUUUACUUACCUCAAGUAUGUCAAAAAGAAACACACAAAAUCCACAAAAGGUGCCAUGGUGAAUGUGUGACAAAAGUGCAUUUUGUUUCAAUUUUUUCUCUUUCGCAGAGAAUAUAUAUAUAUAUACCAUCAAUAAUGGUAACACUUCAUUUUAAGGGGUCCUUAUUACAGUGUAAUUAGAUGUGUAAUU